GAAUCUUAAAGAUGACUGAGUAGUAGAUGCGAGAAUCCAAUAUGAAAAUUUCAGUGAUGGAUACUUAAGUGAUUGGAUCAGCGACAAUCAAUUUAUUUGAAGCAGCAGUAGGUCCAUUUCAUUUUCAAUUACCAAUUAGAGGACAAAAUAUGGGGAGUGUUAGUUUUGAUUUGAAAAUGAAUUAGAUUGUAUAAGCAACUCUUUAAAGUAAAUAUAUAAUUUGGGAAUUAAACUAAAGUUUAAGUGAUGUUAGAUAUAAUUACAAUUUGCGUUUAGUGGUAUGAAUAUAAACUAAAAUAAAAAAGACUUCAUAGUUCUCAUUCAUUUCUGAACAUUCAACUACUUUUGUGAAUCCAAAUUAUAGAAAAUAAAAUGAAAAGUAAAAGACUAUAAUGUCUUCAAGUCGUAAAAGCAUUUUAGAUUAAGAUGCAUAGCGAGAUUGUUUGAUAUCCUUACAAAAAAUACCAUCUAUAAUAAAUAAUAGUGCAGGCAUUAAUCAUUCUCUCGAUUCAAUUAUAACAGCUACACCAACAAAUAAAGGAUAACCAUCUGCCUCAUAACCUUAUCAUAGAAUAGAAUGGGAUCAUGCUGAAGAUGAACUAACUUUGAUAGUAGAAUUACCAAUUUCUGAAUUUUAAGGUUCUGCUAUUCAAUUAUGUUUAUGGUCAAUUUCAUCAAAUAAAAAUAGUCUAGGUAAUAGUAAGUCUCCUCAUAAAACUACUAUAAAAAAGACUUAAAAUAAACAUGACUCUGAAUAUAUGGAUUUAGAAAUAUAAGAUCAUCAUCUUGUUGCAGAAACAUAUAUUAAUUUAUAACAUUUAGAAAAUAAUAUAGUAGCUGAUUUGGGAGCUAAAUUUUUUGUUAUAAAUAGUUAAUAAGCAAAAUCAAUUUGGUAUCAUGGUGUAGAAGUAGGUAAAAUAGAUUAUGAAAUAAAUGUAAAAUUACCAAAUUAUUUAUAAUAAUCAUCAUUUGGAGUUUAAACAGAAAAGGGGAUAGUUUCAACAUUAUCAGUAGUAGACAAUGUUGAAAAUAUUAGUGUUACAGAAAUAAAAAUGAUUUAAAUUGAAUUUUAGAAAUUAUCAAGUUGUAUUUUUAAAAUUGAGCAUAAAACAUUAAAUACAGAUGAUAAAUUAAAGAUUCGUUAAGAUAUGGAUUAAUAAUUGAAUAAAUUGGCACAAUUACUUGGAUAAUCACAUGGAUCCAAUAUUAAAACAUUUUAAUAUAAAUCUGAGGAUGAUUUAAUGAAAGCAUAACAUUUAUUAAUUUAAUUGUCAAUUCAUUUAGUAGAUUAUUCAAAAACUUUGGCAUCAUUUAAUUCUUAUUUUGAAUGUUUAAAUCAAGUAUUAAGUAGAGGAGAAUUGAUGUUAUAAUAAUUAGGUUUUUUUAAAGCUUUAAGUAAGAAAUAAUCAGAAUUCAAAACAGAAGUUGGUUUAGAUUAUUAAUCUUUUUUAGUAAAUACACUUAGAUUUACUUUAUAAAAAUUAAAUUAAAAAGAUCCAAGUCAAUAAGCAAGAUAAUUAUACAUAAAAUUUUUAGUAAUAAGUUAUUUUAGAAUACCAGAAUUUAGAGCAAAAUUUCUUGAAUUAAUUACAAAAGUAGAUGAUCCUUAGUUAUUAGAAUUAAGAGGAACUGAAUUUAUAUAAGAAGAUGAUCCAACAAAUAUUGAUAAAAGUACAAAAACCAAUAUAUAAAUUUUUGAUUGGUAAAAUUAUUUUCAUACUUAUUUAUCUGAUAAAAGCAAAGGAAUAUAAAAUUAAUCAGUUUUGAAUUAAAUAUUAGAUGAUGAAAGUUGGAAAGAGCAUAUAAGACACAGAUCUAUAAAUUUUUGUUUUUUUGUAGAAGAAUGGGCAAAAUAUGUUAGAAAUAUAUUAUAAGUAAAAAUAUUACCUUGGUAAGAUAUUCCAGGUUAUAGAAUAUUGGUUAAAUCAUUUAUGUGUGAAUUAAAAUAAUAAGAAUCAGUUCCAGAUGCUAUGAAGAUGGCUUUGAAGAGUUUGCUUUAAAAUUAGAAUUUAUUAGGAAUUGUAGUGAGUUUGUUAUUCAAUAAAACAAAGUAAUUUAUGUAAUUAAUAAGUUUAUAUAACUCAGAAUAAGUCAUAGAAACAUUUGAAAUAUUAGAUAUCUGUUUUAGUACAUUAACAACUAUGCCUGCUUAAUUCGAUUAUCCAUUUUUCUUGAAAGGUAUCAAAUAAAUUAUAAUGGAUUCAGAACAUGCAAUAAAUAUAGCCAAAUGUGUUUGGCUUAUAUAUAAUAUAUAUCCUUUAUUUCCAAGUAAUAAUAUUAAUAAUUUAAUAGUUGAUUUUAAGAAAGAUAUAUGUGAAUUUUUAUUUGAAAAAGCAGUAUUUAAAUUAUUUUUACAUUGGAGUAAAACUGUUAGAUUAGUAUUUCAUUACUUUUUAAUUUAUCGAGUGUCUCAUUAACAUAAGAAUUUAAAAAUAGGAGGAUUGGAUGAAGAGUAAACAAUGUUUGAUAAUAGUUAGAUAAAUUAUACAAUAAUAUACCUUGAUUAAUAGACCAAAGAAGAAUUAGAGUUAUUUUGAGAAUCGUUAACCUUAAUAAUAAUUAAUUGUAAGAUAUAUAAAAUAAUGAUUUAGUCUGAUUACAUAUAUAUCAAAUAUUUAAGAUUUCUUAGUAAAUUAGAAUAAGCAAAAGCUAAUGAAAAUUAGAGAGAAUAUUAAUAAGAUCAUUAAACUUAUUAUUAAAAAAUGGUGCAUAAAAAAUUAAGAAAAGAAUAGGAUUUGAAAAGAUAACAAUAAGAUGAACCUAAAAUGAUGGAAUAAUUGAAAUUAGAGAGAAUGAUAUCUGAAUAAGAUGAAUCAUAAUAAAAAUAAAAUCAAUUGAAACCAGUUAUUGUUCCUAGACCAGUAAUGUAUAAAAAGUUGAGUUGUAAGAAUAAUUAAUAAUUAUAUAGAUAAACAUGAAGUUGAAAUUAAUGAAAUGUAAUAACAAUAUUUAAAAUUAUCCAUUCGAGAAUUUGAAGAAUAAGUAAAGAAUUAUAACAAUUGGAGAUAAUAAAAUUUAAAGAAAAUGAUUGGUAAAUAUAAUGAGGAAGGUAAUAUAAAUAUUAAUAUCAUAAGAUAAACAUACUAUUCAUCUGACUUUUGAAGUACCCAAAGUUGAUGUUCUAAGAAGAAUAGAUGAAAAAGAGGGUGCUUGA